AUGCAUGGGGAAGGGAGUCAUUUCUUCCUUGGUGCCGCCAUUGGUGAAGGCCUGGUCCAGCGAGGACACAACGCCACACUUCUCAUCAGCAGAGCAUACGAACACCGUACCAGGGAGCCCAAGUACUCCAAUCUAUCGUUCGAAGUGUUUGACCAUCACAAGAGGUCCCUUCAAGAGGUCCGAGAUUUCUGGAAGAACUUCGGUGUUCUUUCGCUUGGGAAAGGUGAUGAUGGUCUCAUUAAGACUGUGUACUACUUGAUCGAAUCGAUGGCAGAUGACUGCGAGGAUCUCGUUCUCGAUAUCGAGCUCAUGAAGCGCCUGGAGGACGUCGACGCUAUCGUUGUCGAUAUGACUUGGAUAUGUGGUAUAAUGAUCAGAGCCGCGCUGGAACGCAACCUGAACUACUCGAAGAAGAUAGCCCUGGUGACUCUGACACCUUUCACACCUCAGCCUAUUGCGUUGUUUUCGUACGGUUCCUCGUACAAUCCAGCAUACCAACCAGAACUCAACACGGGUUUUACCGACAGGAUGAGUUUCUUAGAGAGGACAGCCAAUCUCCUGCAGUCUGUUGUCUACGCGGUGCUUGGUGCUGCUCUGACCAUACCGGUCUACAUGCGCGUAGGGGAGAACACAGGACUUGAAGAUGUCAUGAGCAUAAAGAUGUCUCUCAUGAACGAUCUUGCCGACUUACACCUUCAAAACUUUGAUUUCGCCAUCGAGUUCCCGUUCCCGAUAUCACCAAAUGUGAUUCCAGUCGGAGGUGGGCUGACAGCAUGGCCACCUACACAACUUGACCAGGUGAGCAACUUUAUAAUUACGGGGCUAUAUUCCUUCUACUAG